AUGGGUCUCCUUAUACUCAUUUUUCUACCAGUUUUAACCAACGCAGCUUUAAAGAUAAGCCAAAUAGGAAAUCACCCAGGCAUCUACUUUGAAGAAAUAGGUAAGGUCGAACUCUAUACGACACAAUGGAAACUAGUCGCAUACUACGACUUAACAUUGUUUAAUGGAGCGCUAACACACGCGGAAUUUUAUGUUCAUGAAAUAAAUAUCCUGUGUAAGCAAUUAGAAGGUAAACCAAAUUUCGAUCUUCUAUGUAGUAGUGCAGUAGCAGAAGUAUCGCACCUAAUGGAAGACAUAAAAUUAAAGUUUAGCCUUAUACAGUCAAAACCUAAACCUAAAGCUAGAAGUAAAAGGGCAUUAGUAAAUGUUGUCGGAACUAUCAGCAAAACUUUAUUCGGAACACUGGAUGAAGAUGAUGCUAAGUUUUACGAUAAACAAAUUGAAAAAUUGAGGUACAAUGAGAAUUAUCUUUUAGACCUAGUAAAAAACCAAACAAUAAUAAUAGAAACAACAACUAAUAUGUUUAAUAAAUCAGAAACCACUAUUGAAUCUCAAUUAAAAGCGAUAAACUCAAAGAUAGGAGAAGUGAAAGAAGCAGUUGACAGACUCGCCAAUCAAACAUCUGACCAAUCUACUUUAUUAAAAAUAGAAUCUCUUACCUCACUUCUAACUCUUUUGAUUAUAAGGUAUCAAAAUACCAUUUCCGACAUCUUAGACGUGUUAAUAAACGCAAAAAACGGCACACCCCAUCCGACAAUCAUUACACCUGAACAACUUAAAAAUGUUUUGUUAAAAAUAAAACAAGAACUACCUGGUGACCUGCAGUUACCGUAUUUGGGCAAUACAAACGAUAUUUUACCUCUCUAUGAAAUAAGCAGCAUGAGUGCAACAAUUCGAAAAGAAAAAAUUAUUUACGAAUUUAAAAUCCCUCUACCGUUCAGAGAACAUUUCCAACUAUACAAAAUCAUCCCUUUACCAACUCGUUUAAAUAACAAACUUGUAUUCGUACAACCAACUUCCAAAUUUGUUAUAAUUGAUUUCAAAAAAGAACAUUUCUAUAAUAUAGAAAGUGAAGAAAUGAACCAUUGUAAAAAUUUGGAUAACAAUUUUUUAUGCGAAAUGACACAUCCAUUAUUCAACACAAAUAACAAUAACCCUCAAUGUGAAAUUCAACUUUUGCAAAGAGUCCAAUCUUUUCCGGAUUCUUGUGAAAUAAAAGAAUCUAACAUUUCAACUGUUUUUAUACAAGUAUCACGGCCAAAUACAUGGUUAUUUUCUUCUUUAGGGAAAUACAUCAUAGACGAAAUAUGCCAAGACAAAAUCAUAACUCAUUCUUUAGAAGGAACAUCUAUCCUAGAACUUACAGGAGAUUGUUUCCUAAAGUCGAAAGAUCUGACUAUACGAUCUAAAAACGAGAAAUUGACUUAUGUUUAUAAUUCGUUUAUUCCUGCCUUGAAUAUUUCCGAAGUAAAGGUUAAUUACUUGAAAAACGAAACUAUCCCAGAAGUCACAUUCAUCAAAUACUCUAGUCGAGAUGAACUAAAACUUCUAUCCAAAAACAUUAAAUUUCAAAAAGCAAAAGAACGAACUCCUUUUUUAACAAUAGACAAACAUGAUAUUCAUCACUAUAUAGUCAUAUAUAUAGUUUUCAUAAUUCUUUUAAUAUCGCUUUGUUACAAGCGUUACCAAAUAUAUAAACUAAAACAUUCGAAAAAUAAGAGCAUAGAGAAGGGUAAGAUUGUCCAAGUAGAUACAAAUAGUAAUGAAAUGCCAAUUUUUGUCCUAUCACAUUGAAAAAAAAAAAAAAAAAAAAAUUUUAAAUAAAUAAAAACAUUGUAAAAUUAAGAUAUCAAUGAAAAACCAAUUUUUAUUGUAAGUUACUCAUAAGAAUCAAUAAAUUCAAAAUAUAUUAAA